ACAUGGUUUUUCCGUUUUGGAGGGAACCCAAGUUGACAAUAAAGAUGACGAGACAUAAAGGUGAGGUGAUUAAGAUAAUCUCUAUGCUCAUAGCACAUUGUUCCAAGGUUUGCCUUUUUCUUGUCAUUUUUCCCUUUCUUGUUUCUGUGUUAGCACAAUAAGUUCUUUCAUUACCAAACACAAGAAAUUCUUCUGAUGACCGAAAUUCUAUCCCUUCCGGCAAUUAAAGGUUCGGCAGGCACAUUUUUGCUCGGUUUUUGAGGGUACUAAGGUAUGGUGUUUAUUUCCAAGUUUCUAUAUCAAUGAUUUAUGGAUAUGGUGGGUAUGUUUCAAUUUUUGUUUGAAGUGUCAUAUUCAGAGAUUCGACCAAUUUUUUUCCGUGGUUUGCACAUGGUGUGCAUAAAAUGUGCAUAUGGUAUGCAUGUUUGUACUUUAAUAUCUCGUAACUAGGCCGAGCAACUCUACCACGAAAGUACAACCCAACCCAACUCACAAUUGGACCCAAAUAGCUUUAAAGGCCCAUCAACAACCAAGCUGCCUUCUUUUUCUCUGUAGUUUCUGCGGAGGAGGACCUGAGACAUGCAGCAGCAGCAGCACCAACAACGUCUAUCCCUAUCUCUGCUUCUCAAAUUUUGGGUUUUUCCAAUCUUCUUCCAGAUUCAAAACCCAUUUCCUCAAUUUCACCAAAUUUUGUGUCGAUAUCGAAAAGUUUUAGUUUCCAACGGUUGCUGUGGGUUUUGAUUCAAUUGGGUGUCAAAGAUGCAUCCUCCAUUAACGUUACAAAGCACCCAUGUGUGCUCAAAUCAUCGAGGAGUUUCAGAAGUGUCAUGUAGAUCAUCCUAUUGCAAAAUUCUUCGGUGAAUGUACAGAUCUCAAAAUACAGCUCGACCGUUGUUUCCGACAGGAAAAAGCUGUGAAGAGGAAGGCAAACUUUGAACAGAGUAAAAAACUCCAGGAAAGGCUACAAACUUUGAGGAAGGAAACUGCCGAGAUAAGCACUGAGAGUUCUGUGCAAGCUUAAUGGCAAACCGAGGCAUUCUUUUAGCGAUAAAAAAGGGACUAAUCUCUGAAGUAUUUCUUAUAGAUGGAUAUACUGCAGUGUGUUGCUACCACAGAUUAGUGACAUGAUGUGAUACACCUCGAUGUUGUGUUGCUGCUGAUGCUGUCCUUUAUUUUCUUUCAUUUUGUCGAACUUUUGUUCGAACGGUCUCCUUUGUUUGAGAGAAACAGAUAUGUAAAUGGAUGUUCCAAAUUAGUUUACAAGUGUGAGGAAUAUUAUUUGUCAACGAGGAUGUUCCGAAAUAA